AUGGCCUCGAAGGAGCAACAGGCUGCCCCACAAAUCCCAGGACUGCCGCUUGCCAUCCAUGGUUGCAUUAUCCACGCCUUAAGCGCAGACCGUGUCGAGAUCCUCGAGAAUACCCUGUUAAUCGUGGCUGGCGACGGCACAAUCCAAACGUUGGCCAAAGAUGUCGACCGCAGUCGGGUCAACGAUCUCGUGGUGGAGGCAGGCUACACCCUUGAUGUAGUCACUGUCAAAUAUCUAGACCGCGGUCAGUUUCUGAUCCCAGGGUUUGUCGACACUCACCAUCAUGCACCACAAUGGGCACAGAGAGGAAUCGGCCGCAACGUGAGUCUCCUUGACUGGCUUGAAAAGAUAACAUUUGCCCACGAAGCGCGCUUUGAAGAUGCUGCGUACGCUCGUCGCAUCUACACCGCUUGCGUCUUGGGAGGACUGAAACAAGGAGUGACGACGGCGUCCUAUUAUGGCAGUAGGCAUGGCGAGGCGUCUCGCAUUCUGGCAGAUAUCUGUCUCGAAAUGGGCCAGCGAGCGUUUGUAGGGAAGUGCAACAUGAACCGCAAUGCACCGUCGUGGUACUGUGAUCCAAGUGCUGCGGAUUCGAUCCGCGAGUCCAAGGAGCUCAUUGCGCACGUCCGCCAAAUCGACCCGGAAUCGCGACUGGUGGCACCCAUCAUAACACCCCGAUUCGCCAUCUCCUGUGACCACGAGCUGCUGACCGGACUGGGUGAGAUUGCCAGACAGAAUCCAGAGCUGCCCAUCCAGACGCACUUCAACGAGGCCGAACCGGAGAUGAAGUUUACCAAGGAACUGUAUCCCCAGUUCCGCAACGAGGCGGAACUCUACGAGCACUUUGGUCUGCUGGGCCCUCGCUCGAUUCUGGCGCACUGCAUCUACCUAAACGAGGAGGAAAUGCAGCGCGUGAAGACGCUGGGGUGCGGUGUCGCACAUUGUCCUAUCGCCACUUCCACUAUGGGCGACUUCAUGGUGGCUCCUAUACGGGAAUACCUCCGCCGCGGCAUCAAGGUCGGGCUGGGCACAAACGUCGGUGGUGGCUUCUCGUCCAGCCUGCUUGACGCCAUGCGCCAGGCGUUUAUCAUCUCCAAGGCGCGCGAGACGCUGACCGGGGGCCGCGAUCCGGCUUUGAGUCUGCACGAGGGGUUCUUUCUGGCCACACUGGGAGGUGCCCAAGUCUGCGGCCUAGAUGACAAGAUUGGCAAUUUCGCAGUGGGCAAGGAGUUUGAUGCGUUGGAGAUCCACACGAUCGAUCCAGAGAGUCCAGGUGGCAGUCUUGGGGUCAUCACACCGAUUGAAGACGAGGACUCGACAGAGGUCAUCUUUGAGAAGUUUCUGAUGACAGGGGAUGACCGGAAUAUCGCCAGAGUGUAUUUCAUCCUCUCCAGAGACAAAACUACCACGCAUUUAGUUGACUUUGAACCAGUCUAUGCUACAGCGAGCUCCGUAUUUAAUCAAAGUUUACGGUGUUCAUCUACACCAGCGUCAAUAUCGGUAUCAAUCGUCCCAAAACAGCCGUUUUCAUCUCCCACCAUGUCGAAGCCAAUGAAACUCGCCAUCCUCGAUGACUACCAAAACCUGGCUCCGGCCAAAUUUGCCCACCUGGUGUCGGCCGGCCGGCUCGAGGUGACCAGUUUCCCCGACACGCUCGACCCUCGCGUGCCCAGCGACAAGGCGGCUCUGAUUGAGCGUCUGAAGCCGUUCGAGAUCAUCUCGACGAUGCGUGAGCGGACGCCCUUCCGUGCUGACGUUUUGGCGGAACUGCCCAACCUCAAAUUGCUCCUGACGACCGGGUUGCGAAAUGCCAGCAUCGACGAGGUUUUCGCUGCACAGCGCGGCAUCGUCGUCGCUGGCACCACCAACGAGGGCCGUCGGCCGCCGGACGCGACGACGCAGCAUACCUGGGCCUUGAUCCUGGGCUUGGCUCGCCAUAUCGCGCGCGAUGAUGCUGCCGUCAAGAGCGGCGCCUGGCAGGGUUCAACGCUGGCACUUGGCCUUCCUGGUCUGACACUGGGACUGGUGGGACUGGGCAGAUUAGGCUCUGAGACGGCGAGAAUCGCCAUCGUUGCGUUCAACAUGAAAAUCAUAGCCUGGUCGGCGAACCUGACACAGGAGCGCGCCGACGAAACGGCAAAGAAGCUGGGUCUGCCAGCGGGAUCGAUUGUCGUGGCCCCGUCGAAGCUGGAUCUGUUCCGGACUGCGGAUAUUGUCAGCGUUCACUACGUCCUGUCGGACCGGAGUCGCGGUCUGAUCGGGAAGGAGGAACUGGCGGCAAUGAAGCCCAGCGCGCUGCUGAUCAACACGUCGCGGGGGCCGCUCAUUGACGAGGCUGCGCUGCUGGAGACGCUCAAGGCAGGACGCAUCCGGGGUGCAGCCCUGGACGUGUUUGACAAGGAGCCACUGGCGGCAGACAGCGAGUGGCGGACGACCCGAUGGGGGGAGGAUGGACGCAGCGAAGUGCUGCUUACACCGCACAUGGGAUACGGCGAGACGGACAAUAUCAACUCGUGGUACGAGCAGACGGCAGCGAAUGUUGAACGGUGGCUUGAUGGGAAGGAGGUUGUAAAUCGGUUGAACUGA